CCCCCCAGGAUCCCCCGUGCACCCUUUUGGGUUCACAGAGCCCCUCGAUCCUACCCAGCCCCUGCUCAGGGCCGGUGCCUUGGGACGGGAUCCCCAGCCCCGGUGACAGCCCUGGGGGCUUGCACAGGUCCGAGGGGUGGGUGACCACCCAAAGGCGGGCUGGGCUGCCCCUCACUCCCAAAYCCUCGCUCACUCGUGCCCCCCAUGCCCUCCGCAGGCAUCUCCGAGGACUCCAAGGUGGAGGCUCCCGCCUUCACGGACGCCAUCCGCAUGUACCGGCAGUCCAAGGAGCAGUACGGCACCUGGGACAUGCUGUGCGGCAACGAGAGCCAGAUCCUGAGCAACCUGGUGAUGGAGGAGCUGCUCCCCGAGCUGCGGAACACCAUCGGGCCGCGGCUGAAGGGCAAAGCCCCGGAGCGCCAGCGCACCUGGAUCCAGGUGUGGGGCUGGGGCUGACCGGGGUGGGGGUCCCCCCGUCCUCCAGACCCCACCCGGGUGGGCUCCCUUCCCCGCCGGGCUCUGCUGUGCUUUCUCCCGGCCCAUUCCGAGGGAUCCGCCCGUUCUCCGCUCCUUUCUAAAGCUCCUCCUGUGCCCUGCCCGGCCCCGCCGUGUCCCCGGGGSYGGCCAAGCCAAGCGGAGGAAGCCCAGCCCCGGAGCCGAGCCCGUCCUGGCUAAAUUUAGCGAGCCAUUUUUAGCGCAGCCCAGGCUAAAUCCAGCCCAGACCCUUGCGAAAGA